AGCAAAUCUAAAAUGGAAAUGGAAACUGGAUGAUGAUAAGCUUGAUUCAGCAGAAGUUUGGAAGAAAUCGAGGGGUGUGUUAUAUAUAUAUAUAUUUUGCGGGAGUCUGCUUCGCAUACAAGCAAAAUCGUAUCUCAACAAAAGUUGACGCUUUACUUUCUUCAGUCUCUGUACUCUUAAGUCCUUGAAAUCCGUCUAAUACCAGGGCCCAAUCUGCUGUUCCCACUCCAUCUCUUUCCUCAAAUCGAAGCAAGAUGAUGCUUAGGAUCCGUAGCAGAGACGGCCUGGAGAGAGUCUCCGUCGAUAAUCCACACACCACGGUUGCUGAGCUCAAAGUCUUAAUCCAAUCGCAGCUCCAAAUCCCCGUUCAGAACCAAACCCUCUCCGCGAACCAGAACCUUCUGUUGGCCAAGGCUCCUCAUGAUCUCCUCCAAUUCACCGACAUGGCUAACCCCAACACUCCUCUCUCCUCCCUCAACCUCACCCACGGUUCUAUCGUCUUCCUCGCCUACGAGGGUGAGCGCACCGUCCGCGGCGGUCCCGCCGUCCACCCUGCCGGAUCGUUUGGCCGGAAGAUGACCAUGGACGACUUGAUCGCGAAGCAGAUGCGCGUCACGCGCCAGGAGACCUCCCACUGCGAGUCCGUCUCUUUCGAUCGCGACUGCGCCAACGCUUUCCAGCACUACGUAAAUGAGUCCCUCGCAUUCGCCGUGAAGAGAGGAGGGUUUAUGUACGGCGUCGUUUCGGAGGAUGGGAAAGUGGAGGUUAACUUCAUCUACGAGCCGCCGCAGCAAGGCACUGAGGAUUUGUUGUUUAUGAGGGACCUGGAGGAGGAGAAGCUCGUAGAUGCUAUCGCAAUGGGGUUGGGGAUGAGGAGAGUGGGGUUUAUAUUUACGCAGACGAUAAUGCAGGACAAGAAGGACUACACCUUGUCGAACAAGGAGGUUCUGCAGGCUGUGGAACUCCACGCGGAAAGCGGGUUGAAGGAAUGGGUAACGGCUGUGGUGAAGCUGGAGGUGAAUGAGGAUGGCGGCGCCGAAAUCCACUUUGAGGCGUUUCAGAUGAGUGAUAUGUGCGUAAGGCUGUUUAAGGAUGGUUGGUUCGAGACGGAGAUCCGUGACGACGACGAUCCUAAACUCUCCAGGAUGAAGAAGGAUGUGGUUGUUGGUGGCAAGGAUGUUAAGGAGGUGGACAAUGAUUUCUUCUUGGUUCUGGUUAAGAUUAUCGAUCAUCAGGGCCCGCUUUCAUCAACCUUCCCGAUUGAGAAUCGGAACACUGAUGUGACGAUGAAAGCACUCAGGAAUCACCUAGAACGGACAAGGAGUCUUCCAUUUGUGAAGAGAAUCUCCGAUUUUCAUUUGCUGCUCUUUUUGUCUCGGUUUCUUGACAUAAGCUCCGACGUUCCUGCACUGGCAGAGUGCGCUCAAACGCAGUGUGCUGUACCAGAAGGUUAUCAGCUUCUAAUCGAGUCCAUGGCCAAUAGUUUUUGACGUUGCCUCUAUGCUCUGCGUUGCACAACAAACAAGCUUAAAUUUAAGUGACAAUUUGGAGGAGAUCAAACUAUUCGGAACCCGGCGGAGAUGGCUUUCUUCCUGAUGCAAGGAAUGAUCCUUGCAGAGGGCACUGAGCUCAAUGGGUUAGAGGUUACAAAGAGUUGCAAUGUGGAUGUGGAAGAGGUUUUAAAGUUUAUGCUAUACCUUGGUUCAAUUACAAAAUUGAUUAGUUUGUCUAAUCUCAAUGUUUCUCUGAAUUAAUGUGCUUAUAAAUCUAUAUCUUAGUUUUGUUCAAAUCA